UCCUGUCCUGGAUCGAUCGAGUCAUUCCCACGUGGCAUCAUCACUAACAUUUCAAGAGUUUCUUGCUGUUGAAAUAAUGAAACAGCUGCAAACUCAAGAACAUGCAUGUGAAUUUUGACAAUUUGCAAAUAAUGCCGAUUUAAUUAUCUACUAUUUCUUGCUUAUUUAAGUGAGGUAACUCUGAUCCCGGAUCUCAACCUCACCCACCAUUUCUGCUUCCACUCGUCUUCUUCCUCCUGCUACCUCGCAUGGGCGACUAGCUAGUCGUCUUCUUUCUUUCGUUCGUUCGUUCCAUCAUCAGGUGCUCCGAUCGGAUCGCCAGCAUGCGGGGCGCCGUGCUUGUGGCCAUCGCUGCGGCGAUCGGCAACAUGCUGCAGGGAUGGGACAACGCCACCAUCGCCGGCGCGGUGCUCUACAUCAAGCGCGAGUUCCACCUGGAGGCGCACCCCGCCAUGGAGGGCCUCGUCGUCGCCACCUCGCUCAUCGGCGCCACCGUCAUCACCACCUUCUCCGGCCCCGUCUCCGACUCCGUCGGCCGCCGCCCCAUGCUGAUCGCCUCCUCGCUUCUCUACUUCGCCGCCGGCCUCCUCAUGCUCUGGUCGCCCAACGUGCACGUGCUCCUGCUGUCGCGCCUCGUCGACGGCUUCGCCAUCGGCCUGGCCGUGACGCUGGUGCCCGUCUACAUCUCCGAGACGGCGCCGCCGGAGAUCCGGGGCCUCCUCAACACGCUGCCGCAGUUCACGGGGUCGGGGGGCAUGUUCCUCUCCUACUGCAUGGUGUUCGCCAUGACGCUCGCGCCGCAGCCGGACUGGCGGCUCAUGCUCGGCGUCCUCUCGCUGCUCUCCCUCGCCUACCUGCUGCUCACCGUCCUCUACCUGCCGGAGUCGCCGCGCUGGCUCGUCAGCAAGGGCCGCAUGAAGGAGGCCCGGGCAGUGCUCCAGAUGCUCAGGGGCCGGGACGACGUCGCCGGCGAGAUGGCGCUCCUCGUCGAGGGCCUGGGCACCGCCGGAGACACGGCCAUCGAGGAGUACAUCGUCGGACCUGCGCCGCCGCCCCAGGCUGAAGACGACGACGGCGACAGGGGAGUCACGCUCUACGGCCCCGAGCGCGGCAUGUCGUGGGUGGCGCAGCCGCUGCCGCUGGGCGCGCAGGGCAGCAUGCUGGGCAGCGUCAUCGGCGGCCUGGGUUCGCGCCAGGGCAGCGUGCUCGACCACCUCCGCGACCCCGUCGUCGCGCUCCUCGACAGCGUGCACGACAUCAAGGCUCCCGCCCCUCCGCCGGGCCCGGGCGGCGGCAGCAUGCUCUUCUCCAACCUCGGCAGCAUGCUCAGCUUCCACGACAAUAAUGUUGACUGGGACGAGGAGAACGCCGCCGCGGAGCAGGACCGCUCCCUCUCGGACGACGACGAUCUCGGCGCGCCGCUGCUGGAUGGGCCUCAGGAGACGGCGACCACGACGAUGGGCAUCGGCGGCGGGUGGCAGCUGGCGUGGAAGUACGCGGACGGGCCGGAGAGCGGCGUGGUGAAGAGGAUGUACCUGCACGAGGAGGCCGGCGGCGCUGGCGAGGGCGGCGGCGUGCACGCGGCGGCGCUGGUGAGCCGAUCGGCCCUGUACCUGCACGGCAGCAAGCAGCAGCUGCAGGCGGACGGGCCGGCGAUCAUGCAUCCCAAGGCGGAGGAGAGGCCGUCGCGGUGGCUCGAGCUUCUGCAGGAGCCUGGCGUGCGGCACGCGCUGGUGUGCGGCGUCACCAUGCAGGUCCUGCAGCAGCUGUCGGGCAUCAGCGGCGUGCUCUACUACACGCCGCAGAUCCUGAAACAGGCCGGCGUGAGCGUCCUCCUUGCCAACCUCGGCCUGAGCGCCGACUCCACCUCCAUCCUCAUCAGCGGCCUCACCACGCUGCUGAUGCUCCCCGCUAUCGGCGUCGCCAUGCGCCUCAUGGACGUGUCGGGUCGCCGGAGCCUGCUGCUGUGGACCAUCCCCGUGCUGAUCGUGUCACUGGUGGUGCUGGUGGUGGCGAGCGUGGUGCCCAUGGCGGCGGCGGUGCACGCGGCGGUGGCGACGGGGAGCGUGAUGACGUACCUGUGCUGCUUCGUCAUGGGGUUCGGGCCCAUCCCCAACAUCCUGUGCGCGGAGAUCUUCCCCACGCGCGUGCGCGGCCUCUGCAUCGCCAUCUGCUCCCUCGCCUUCUGGCUCGCCGACAUCGCCGUCACCUACUCCCUCCCCGUCAUGCUCAACUGCGUCGGCCUCGCCGGGGUCUUCGGCUUCUACGCCGUCGUGUGCUGCCUCGCCCUGGCAUUCGUGGCGCUGCGCGUGCCGGAGACCAAGGGACUGCCGCUCGAGGUCAUCACCGAAUUCUUCAACGUCGGAGCCAGGGGUCUUGCACCUACCCACCUUGCAGAGGACGAGGACGGGGACGAGGACGACGAGGAUCGCCAUCGCCGCCAUUGAAUCCUAAUCAUUUGCAUACCAUUCGGAGGAUCCAUCGGAUCCUACAUUUUUUUUUCCGCUCGUUAUUAUUACAUACAAUGUAUGAAUGAUUCUUCCUACCCAUCUGGUGUGGUUGAUAACCGAACCGAGACCUUGGAUAUGUUCUUUCUAGCCACGCUUGGAUUAUAAUCUAAACAAAAUUUUUCUCACUUA